AUGGAGACCCGGAGUCCAGGAGUCCGACACAUGUGCACCCUGAGCCUGCUGCUGGUGUCCGUGUGUCCGCUCCGCCUCUGCAGCUCCAGUUGGAUGUGAGUAUCGGAGUCUUGGGGGCUCGGAUCCGGAGCGUGUAUGCUGUUCGGGUGAAUACACCUGGAGGCUUCAGACGUGAAAUAAAAGUUUAAAAAGUAAUAUUUAAAUAUUAAUGAAGGAUCUGUAAAGUUUCAUCUGCGGGGGUUCAGGUUAAAAUAUGAGAUUAAGAUUUUACGCAACAACCUCUGAGAUCAGUGAAAAAGAAAUAGGAGAAGUCGUUGUCUUUCUCAUCGGUUUGGUGGAGAAAAAAAUGCACUUUAACUCGGGGUUGAAAAUUUAGAAAAUGUGUGGUUUGAUAUCGUGUAGAAAUGCACUAAAAAUCUGUUGGAAAAAAGGACUUAAAUGAAAAGAAGUCACGAUUUUUCAAAGCAAGAGUUAAUUUAGACAUGAGAUUUUCAUGUUUUAUUUCUGUCAGAGGAAGGCUGCAAAAAGUCAAAUAUUUUAUAAAACCACAUUUUUCUCAAUUGAAAUCAGUCAGCUCCGGCUCCGACAUUAUUACUAUUAUUUUAUUUAAUAAAGUCAGUGCACAUUUAACAAAGUUUGUGGCAGUAUUCAUCCAUGUUAACAUGCUGGAUUUCGUCCUUAUAUGGUCAGAAAGCAGGUAGCAGCCAAACAUUAUAAACUUAAAUUUGUGCAAAGACUGUUUUAUGAUUCAUAUUACAAAUGAUAAAUGAAAUGAUAAAAUUCUCAUCUCACAAACUGAUGUUUAAAUCUUUCAAACUUUUUAAAUAAUAAUGUUUAAAAAGAUUUUUUUUCCAGCUGCUCAGCUGACACUGACGCCCCACCUCCAGUUUCAGGCCUGUGAUAUAAGAACCAUCAAUCAUGUCACUGGUGGUCUUGUUGAAUUUUGUAUUUUCUAGUCAGUAAUGUUAACCUCUGAGUCUGAGAAGCAGGAGUCUGAGUUUUGGCUAAAAUUUGUGAUUUUCUGACAGAAUGAAAACGUUUUCCUGUGAAAGAAAAAAAAAAUCAUGCACUGCUCUUUAUUUGAAGUUCCAUCAAAAUAAACCAGUUAUGAGAUUAUCUGAGGGUAUUCUCUGAUGAAUCAGACUCCAUAUGUCAAAUAUGGAGUCUGAUGAUCGGGUCUGUCUGUUUCAUCCAAACCAAGAAACUCAACUGUGGAUUGAACACAACCUCUGACCUUUUCAUGACGUGAGGACAAACAACAAUUUUACUGAAGGUGGAUCAUAAUAAAUCAUGAUACUUGAGCGACCGUGAUAACACAAAUCUGCAAAGUCACAUUGGAAUGAAUGAGUAACUAAUGACUUGUAAACUAUAAGUAAAUGGGUAGAUAGUACAUAAGUCCUCAUCAAGUUCUUUAAAGUGGCUAAUUACUACUUAAUAGUGAACAAAACGAGGUACUUUGAAUUAUUACCUCCUUACUUUAUUUUGCUGUAGGGUCCGCAAAAUAUUAACAAAUUACAAGGUUAUAAGUUAGUAAUUGUUCAUUACCGCAUGUUAUGGUGCCUCCCUUUGUUCUCUAAAAAAGACUUUAAUGAGGACUUAGUCUCUAUUUACCAGUUAAUUCGUCUUAAUUAGUCAUCAGUAACUCAUUUAUUACCAAAGACAGUGUUGUAACUGUGAAAUAUCUGUGUACGUUCCCAUUCGAGGAACCAUUUUACACACCUGGAUGUUGUGUCUUGGCUUUGCUGCUCUCUCCAGCUUAGUGGAUCUCUAACAGGUGUUCUCCUCAGGUGGCUGGGCGUGACUUCGGCGGGGAUCUCGGAGAAGCUGGGCUGUGCUAACCUCCCUCUGAGCCCCAGACAGCUGUUCCUGUGCCGCAGGAAGCCCUUCCUGCUUCCCAGCAUCCAGGACGGAGCACGGCUGGCUGUGUCCGAGUGCCAGAGUCAGUUCAGACACGAGCGGUGGAACUGCUCCACCAGCCAGCAGCCGCCCGUGUUCGGGCACGAGCUGACCAGCGGUGAGGGCGUUAAACCCGGUUUAUACCUGAGAGAAAUUAUGGUUACAUUCAUUGAAACAAGCGUGUAACUCUAAAACACACUGAGACCUCACCUGAUAUACAGGAUUCACCUGGGCUGGGCUGUUCAGGAGGAAUUUAUUUUACCUGCAGAGUUUCCAAAAGUCUGUCAGAAUAAAAGUUUCAAAUUUGGACUGAGCUAAAGUUUGUAUGUUCAUCAAACACACACUACAGGAACUUUAUUCAAAUACUGAACCAUGUUUAUUGGAUAGAAAAAUGAAAACAUGCUGUGUUGUAGGAGAAAGUAAACUCACCCAUUGUGAGGAUAUGAUAUCUGUGGAUAUUUGUCUGCAGUGAGUCAAUCACAUGGUCUGACUCAGAAUAUCUAAGACAUGUGAGACAUUAAAACUAGUCUGAGAAAUAUCUCAAACAUGAGUUCACUGAUCUGUCCUGAUGUUUUAUUUUCAGUUUUGCGUAGAUAAGAUCUGUGUUCACUAACACUGCUGUGUGCUUUCACCAGGCUUUACUGAAACAAGAUUACAAAAGUUGUCCUGCAGCCCUCACUGUCCUGUAGUGGUGACCUUUCAGUCUGUUUUUAAAUUAUUUAUUUAAUUUAACACAAUUUAACUGAAAAACCUAAAACCUUUUAGUAGACGACCAAAGUCAGAAUUAGCAGCAGCUCUUCACCCAAAAAUUAAACCUAAAAAAAUCGAUGUCUGUUAUUUUUUCUCUAUGUAAACCUCCCCUAACCUAACACACCUGAUAAGCUGUUUUAUAUAUCUAUGGCAUGGGGUAUACUUUAUGUUCAUCUGUCCAACACUUCAUUAGGGAAAGGUGGAACCUUCUGUCUGGAAAAUUCUGUCUGUCACAUUGAUUACAGGCCAAUCACAGUAACAUAACAUGUAUAUAGGCGUGCACCGCUACCAAGGAAAAUGCUGAAUUUUCCUGUUAUGUUUUAAAGCGUAACCCAAUCCCAAACUUUUAUUUCCCAUCACUAACCUGAAUUUUAUAAUGUCACAUUGGCCCCUCCCCCUACCUUUGCAGGCACCAAAGAAACAGCAUUUAUCUACGCUGUGAUGGCAGCAGGGCUGGUCCAUGCUGUCACACGUUCCUGCAGUCAAGGGAACACGACGGAGUGUGGCUGCGACGCCAGGCUCCAGGGAGGCGGCUCGGCGGUGGACGGCUGGCACUGGGGCGGCUGCUCGGAUCACAUCCAGUACGGGACCUGGUUCAGCCGCAAGUUCAUGGACAACAACAUGAAAAACACAUCGACGACCCGAGGAGGGUACACACUGAACAGUAUGAACCAACACAACAGUGAGGUGGGACGACAGGUGAGGGAGCUUGAGAGGGAUUUUAUUCUGUGAAAGUGCAAUGUGAAGUCCGUGAACCAUGUUGAGCUGCAUGCUCAUCACAUCGAUUAAAAACAGGUUAAAAGAAAAAAGGGUCAGCAUAUUAAUACACUGUGAGUGUGGCUUUAUGAAGCAGUCAGAUUUGUGCUAUUUCACUGAUGGACAAUAGGUGGGAGUAACAGAUUGGAGAAGGUACAGCAGCAGGUUAACACAAGGGUAAUUAAUAUUCGAUUCAAACUAGAGUUGCAAAGGGGCGGAAAAUUUGUGGUAAAUUUCUGGUAAAUUUCCAGAGACUUUCCAUGGAAAGUUAAGCAGGGAUAUUCCAAAUUGGAAAGAAUUUAUAGGAAUAAUUGGAAAUUAUUGGGAAUUAAUGGGAAUGGACUGGAAAUUGGGGGUAAUUUAAACAAACUGUAUCAUAUCCAAACAUAAAUGUCAAUAUUUUUGUUUUGUCAUAAGGAGACAUUCAUGUAAAACACACAAAAAAGCUUUUAAAAACACUAAUGCAAUGGCAUGAACAGAAAUAUAGUCCGCUAAACAACUGGAAUGAUCUUCAAAAUAUUUGACAAUUGAUGUAUAAAUUAUUGUAUGGUUUUAGAAAACCCACUUGCAGGAGUUAGAAGAAACAGCAUCAAAUUUAAGGUAGCUACCACCACCAUGAUGAGAUAGCCCCUUAAAUAGUCAAUAGCUCACAUUUAGCACCUACUUUUAUGUAAUUUUUGCAAGUUAAAUAUUAAUACUAUUAUAGAUUCAAUAUAUUUACCCCAUAAUAUUAUCAAAACUUACUUGACUUUUUAUAGUGCGUUGGCUCAAAUAUCUUGUGCUUUGGGCUCAAAAGUGUGGCCUCCAGGGUUCAAGAAAUCAUCUGUGCAUGUAAUGGAGGAAUGCACGUAGGGGGUGUGGCCUCAAUAGCCCUGCAGUAAGCAGUGUGCUAUGUGUAUGUGAUUGAGGAGUGUACUUUACAUUAAAUCUGAUUGUUUUAGCCAAGAUUAUGCUACAAUAUAGUUUCCCCAACUAUAUUUAGGUUCCCUGAUAAGGUCAACCUUCAAUUUUGUAAAUUUAGAUUUAUUCCCAUGUAUUCCUGUUAAUUCCCAUGGAAAGUUCCCAACUUUGAAAAUUCCCGGAAUUUCGCAACCCUAAUUCAAACUAACAAAUAUUCACUCUAGAAGGUCCCCGCUCAGUAUGAGGACCAAAGAUGAAGUCCCCAGAAUGUCAGUAUUUGUGUUUGAGUGUGAGUUUAAUAUAAGUACUGUGUUCCCCAACAAACAACAGUGUUUAUGUGUGUUUACAUCCAUCUCAAUAAGUUCAGGUGUGAUCAAUAUUAUUCUGACAUAUCUGUGUGAUACUUUCAUGGCAUCUUAAGCAGAACACCAGAGCGUAACAUUUUCACACAGGUGAGAGUAAAACUAUAAAAUAAACUCGCCAUUUCCUCCUCUUCCUCCUUGUUCUCUAGGCCAUUGAGCAGACAAUGUCCACAGACUGUCGCUGUCAUGGCGUCUCAGGAUCCUGCGCAGUGAAGACAUGUUGGAGAAUGAUGGCGCCAUUUGACCGUGUUGGCGUCUACCUGAAGGAUCGGUACGAGAACAGUGUUCAGGUGUCAGACCGCUCCAGGAGGAAGACAAGGAGGAAGGAUCAGCGCCGCCCCCCAGUGGACAAACAGCGUCUUAUCUUCUUUAACAAAUCUCCUAACUACUGCCUGGAGGACCGGCGCCGUGGCGUGGCUGGCACCAGGGGGCGCCGCUGCAACCGCACGUCCACCGGUUCGGAUAGCUGCAACUUGCUGUGCUGUGGGCGGGGCUACAACACGCACGUGGUGAGACACGUCCAACGCUGUGAGUGCAAGUUUGUCUGGUGCUGCUACGUCCGCUGCAGGCGCUGCGAGAGCAUGAACGACAUGCACACCUGCAAAUAAGGACACACCUGUGAGGUACACACCUGCAAAUAAAGACACACCUGGAUACAACACACUAGAUAAUACCCCUGGAAACAAAGACACGCCUGGAGGUACACUAACCUGGACUUUAGGUUCAGUUAUACUUGGUCUCACAGGUAAUUUCGGUGGGGGAAUUAAGUCUAUGUGUGAAGCUUAAUGAUCUUUAAAUGAAAUUAAUGAUGGUCUGUGAUUGGUCGCAAGCAAUGACAUCAUCAAUCUCAUUGGACGCUCUACAGUUUUUGACCUCAUCAAAGUUUUUUAAGCUCUUCAACUUCUCUGUGCUGAAAUAUUUUCAAACUGUUUUUUCAACUUCUUGCUGAACUUGAAAGUUUCAGUGCGAAAUUAAUAUUUAGCAAUUUCACAAAACGCCGCCUUGCCCACUCCUACUGCUAAUGUAGUGAUGGUGGCCCUCAUGGACAAAAAGCAUAGUAAAGGUCCUUACACACUGGGAGCAUUUUUUUCGUGCGAUUACUUCAGACGUCAAUAUUUUUUUCGAACCCGUAUCCUGUCAAUACAAGUGUUCGCAUCUGCAAUGUUUUCCCGUCCUGCGAUAUUGUGGCAUUUAUUUUUUCGUAUCACGGUCGAAUUUUCUAAAGUUUCUUAACUGUGUGUCCACUUCUGACCAAUCAGGUUUCAUGUUGUUGUGACGUCAGAUUCACCGGUAUAUCCAACAUGGCCGACCGGCUGAUUGUUUACGUGUCGGAGAACAGAGUGCUUUUUGAUAAAAGACACAAACAUUACAAAGAUAACGACCUGAAGGACGACUUGUGGAGAGUCAUAGCGUUGGAUUUCUCAUAUGACGAUGGUUUGUGUGCUUUAACAGUUUGCUAAACGUCUUUGUUUUAACUUUCAUCUGUGCUACGUAACUUUAGCUCGUAAGCUAACCUGUUCAGAUACAACAUACUGUACGUAUUUCCACUGUCUCAAACUCAAUCGCGUUGCUGUCACAGCACCAUUAGGUCUCGGUUGUUACCUUACGCUUAUGGAUUAUAGUUUAAUGUGCUUAUCUGGUACUGGCCCCGACUCAGUACAUGCUAUCAUGACAGACAGACAUCUCAACACUAGUGUCUAAUCAGAACUGAAAACCAGUCAGUCUGCUGUUGUGUCAGUCUUCUC